CGAGACUAGCAGCAGAGAACUUCGCAAGGGUCCAAGCGUUGGUCUUGGCAGACAGCAGCAUCCACCUAUACACAUCCAUGGAUAAUUUACUUUUCUUUAUCUACCUGCGUGGAUGAAUGCUUCUUCUGUCUGUGUUUGUGUGCACGCACGUGUGCUUACUUAGAUGUGUACACGCUUGUGUGCACUCGCUCUUAUCUCUUCCUUUCCUUCCUUCUUUGGAGAAAAUGAAAGCUGAUUGAUCGGGUGUGUUCGUCUGCUUGUGUCUGGGGUGCGAAGUGGAAGGCGCGGUUCCUGCUCAGAGCACUGAGUGAUCUUCAACAUCCAGCAGUCUGUCACCUGUCCGGGUCGCUUCCCCUGACAGGCUGUCGGACCUGCGAGACAUAAACCUCCCGUUUCAUUAAAACAAAUUACUGUGUUAUCGAGUUCGAAGGUUUGAAGUGAGAGCUAUGUAUGUGCUAUCACUUUCAUACUCUGUGUGUAAGGAUGCUAUUUCCGGCAACAGUUCUAAUAGCGAUGCUGGUAGGAGGGGAGAUCACUCGACUCGGAGUGAGGCCAUCGCUAGAAAAUCACAAGGAAGAUUAAUUAAUAUAAAGUAACGAGUGUUAUGGCAUGUAGAAGGAAAGGUAAUCACUAAAGCUUAAGUAAUAAGCAGAGUUGGAAGGAACAAAUAGUAAAGUGUGUGUGAGAGAGAGAGAAGGUGUCUUUCAGAUUUUCUGUAGAUUUUCUGAGUACCACUUGUUUUAACACAUUACAACACAGCAACAUAACCAUACACAACAACAGCCAUAACUGUAACUCAUCUCUAUCACAAAAUUCUUUGCUGGCAGGUUGAUCCCAGUCUGGAGUUCUUGGGCUAAACAUGGCGGUCAAGGACAAUGUAGGAGAAUGAUGCGAUGUCCUCGCUAACGACACCUACGACAGGAGCAAAUGGGUUAACCCUGUCUGGGCACCGCGGACCCAACAAAAACCGCCAACGGAAAGCUGGCGACAAACAAAUCUUGUUAUCGUCUGCUGAUAACGGCGAGGACGAGUCUUGUCGUCGUCUGCUGGUAACGGUUCCUGGAGGAAACUGCCACUGCCUUACCAACCAGUCCUCGAUACAGACCCCUGGACCGUGAAGACAGAGUCGGGAGCGAGGGAGCGCGAGCCUAGACAGUCUGGGGAAAAGUUAUCUGCUCAUCACCUCCACCAUGGAGCCUUCUGCCGUGAAUCAGAACGACGCGAGGAAAGACCUCACGAACGUGACAUCCCGAGGGCAAAGAACACGUCGCGAUCACGUGGCCAUCACGUCGUUCCCACCCUCCGCCAACGACGCGUCCUGGAAGAUGUGACGUCAACAACGUCGAACGUCAUUACGUAAUGGAGUACAGCGGGAGAGAACUCUGCCAAUCUCGUGGCUAGACGUCGUCUUUGAAAAAAAAAAAAGCAGUAAAUCCGAGAAUUAAAUGGCAUUGAGCGCGAGGCAGCGGGUGCGGAUCCUACGGCAGAGGUUGUAAGGGAAGGGUCAUCGUGGAGGCCAGUACUUCGAAAAUGUGAAUUAUGCGCCUGUCAGAAACAAAUGGCGCGUUUACAAGACUCUGUACAUGUUACUCGUUUUGAAAGAUAUCUUACAAGAUCAGUUUAUCGGUUUUUACACAUCUGUGAAACUUCUAGACUCGUGAAAUCCACCAUUUCAGUCCUGGGAAAAUCCUCGACCCUUAUAGUCAUGUCAAAAUUCAAGACGAUUGUAGACUUAUGAAAAUCCUUAACAUUUGCUGGCCUGUGAAGAUCCUACAUUCAUUUCAAAACAAACACACCUGACGACCGUGAUGCCAAGGUCUCACACACUCCGAAUAUGAUGAACAGCACCAGACAUUAUUUGUUCUGUGGGUCGCUAGACCGCCAUGUCACGUGUUCCAAUCCGCUAGCAUCACCUGCCACGAGAUAGAGGCCGCUGAAACCUUCACAGAAAAACGACUUGAGGCUGAAAAAACAAAAAAAAACUGAGAAUAGUAGGGCGGAAUAUCUAGCAGACGACACUAUGGCAAUGCUGGCCACGCUGUCCACUUUCCGACCUCCUCCUUUCGUCUCCUCGGAGCGUUUCCCUGACUACGCCCUUCCCACUCUGCUGGUCGGAACCGUCCACGGAGACAAUGUGUCCUUCAAGGUCGCUCCCUCGGCUCCAGCUGUACAUCUGGUGACCGGUCGUGACCAGUCCACCGACCUCAAUGUCAACAGCUGGCUGUGGAAUCAAACGGAUAUCAGCGUCACCACCCAGAAUGGUUUCGGGGUGGAUGGGUUGUCGACCUCCUGCCCCACCUAUCCCGCCGGGUACCCAAGUGGCUACACCUGGGCACACAUUGCGUGCGCCAGCGUUGUCGUCACAGUCAUUAUGCUCAUCAUCGUCUUCGGGAAUUUCCUGGUAAUGUGGGCGAUCGUCACCGACCGUAACCUGAAAGGUACCCAGAACUUCUACAUUGGUUCGUUGGCCAUGGCGGAUUUUCUUCUCGGGCUACUCAUCGUGCCAUUCUCGCUGGCCAACGAGCUGAUGGGGUACUGGUACUUUGGCACGGCCUUAUGCGAGGUGUGGAAGGCCAUCGAUGUACUGCUCUGCACUGCUUCCAUCGCCAGUCUGUGUCUCAUCUCCCUCGACCGCUACUGGUCCAUCACCAAAGCCGUGCACUACCCUCGCCAACGCACGCCCAAGCGGGCCGCCAUCAUGAUCUUCAUCGUCUGGUUUGUGUCCGCAGCCAUAUGUAUCCCACCUCUGAUUGGAUGGAAGCAGCCAGCGCCUGAUUCUGAUUGGCCGAUCUGCGCGCUGAGCGAGGACAUUGGCUACGUGCUGUAUUCUUCCAUGGGAUCCUUCUACAUACCUGCAUUUAUUAUGGUCUUCGUGUACUUCAAAAUAUACCAGGCGGCAAAGGCGCGGGCGAGGAAGAAUGUUAGCAAGGGGCCCAAAAGCGGUAUGAGCGAAAAAAGUGAGCAGAAAAAUUCAACAGAGUCGAGCGGCACGGAGCAGCACUGUCCACAGCAACAGCUGCAGCAGCCACCAUCGCGGCAGCAUCUCGAUCACCUGCGCGAUGACCUGUCCCUAAGAGCUUCUUCGUACGAGGCCCUGGGGGCCUCAACAGCUGAAUGCCUCUACACCCUGCAAACUGAAUCAGUCACUGGUCACGAGACCCCAACACAAACGAUUUCAGCAGCAGCAGCAGCAGCAGACGACGAUGAAGGGAUGGCGAGGUCCGGUGCGACGGACUUCCGCAGCAGGUCGUACUCCCUGCCGUGCCGCGGGGACGAGCGCACGCGCCUCAUCUUCACGGACUCGGACUCAUGCGAUGCGCUGGGUGGUCGAGCCCUCAACAUGAUGGAUCGCAAGUUCUUUGGUUUCCACAGCAUGCCCACCACAACUACAACGGACACGGACUCAUCGGUAGACGUCUCCAACAUUCAACAGAAGCCACCACUGCAGCUACAACAACAACAUCAGCUGCAGUGUGAUCUGACCAAGCAGCUAUCCAGUGCUCCUUCUGCUCCAGCAAUUUUCCACGCCGUGUCCCCUCCUCAGACAGGUUCCCCCGGACAGGGCAACGGUGCCGUGCAGCAGUUCAAAAUCAUGGAACCGAAACUCAACGGAAGUGUAGAACAAGGCGAAGCAAGAGAACAGCGAACCGGACUCUUGGGCAGUCUCCGUCGGCAUCUCUUUCAGCAUGGAGCAACCCCUGCAAACACCAAAGCCGACCCCAAAAACCGCCAGAACCAGCAGAAAAAGAAGGGUCACCACCACAAGCGCAAUGGACACGAAGCCAACACUGGCGCCAAGAGCGUGGACUUUUUCUCCGCGGAGCGACAGAAGCGAAAACUGGCGAAGGCCAGAGAGAGGAGGGCCACCUUGGUUCUUGGUCUGGUCAUGGCAGCUUUCAUUCUCUGCUGGUUGCCAUUCUUUCUCCUCUACCUUGCUUCUGCCUUCUGCAACGCCUGCAUUCCGGGUAUGGUCUUCAAGGUCUUUUUCUGGAUCGGGUACUGUAACUCGGCGCUGAACCCUAUCAUUUAUACCGUGUUUAACCGAGACUUCCGGCGCGCCUUCCAUCGCAUACUGUGUGGCAAAAAGAGAGGCAGACGCUAGCUCCCUCCCCUGCAGCCAGCAUCAAUAAAGUCAGAACUUUCCCCCAUCGAAGUGUGCUGCAACUACAGCAAUGCAAGUAGUUUCUUGCGGGUGGCAAACAAACGAGGUCAUCACUUUAGUCUGAAUAGCAGACUGGGCAGGGGUGGGUUGUGUGGAAGGGUGGGGCUGGGGCAAGGGAACCGUCAUUUGUUGUGCGAGUGGCAAAUAUAAGGCGAGCCCAUCGCUGUUUAUUUGAAACCGGGUAUUUACCCACCCUGUGUGCAGCCGAACCGGAAACAUCGUUCGCCAAGAACUGUUGAAGGAACACGAGGGUGAGCUGUUGUCGAGCUGUUGUCGAGCUCAACGGUGUAUCGAUAUAUCUCUGCUCUUAUCGGAACGAAUCGGGUUUUCCUCUUUGCAAAGAGGUUUCUCACUGCUUUGCAGUGGUUUCUUAAUAAUGUGUUGAUGUGUAGCUCAUGACAAGCUGUGACAUCACCUUUAGUUGUGAACUGUGACCUGCUUUCUUCUCUCCUUCAGAAUCUCCGCAUGUCUGUCUGUCUGCGUUUGUCGUUGGUGCUGUGAGAUGUUGCAAACACUUUCUGAUUUUAUGUGACAAAUCAAGUGACAGCUAGAGAGCAUGCAAUAGCUGACAAUGAAUGAAUGGAUGAACGAAUGGAUAAAUGAUCAGAUUUGGAACUGAUAAAAAUUAGUAAAUAAUUAUUACUAAAUAAAUAAUUAUAAUUAUGGUAAAUAAUUAUAGUAAGAAAAGAAGAUGGAAAGAUAAGUGCAUAUCUAGGGGGACAUAAGUGAAAAUUGUCCCCUACACCAGUAGAUAGGGUGAUAAGUGUAGAUCAUCUACACCAGUUGCACGCUUGGUGUAGAAGUAAGACCGUGAGAAUAGUUUCUGACCUCAAUGGUCUCAGUCGUUCUGGUCUGUUCCUAACCCUGGGGUUACAUUACCUCUGCUUCAUGAUUAAGGCAUCAGACGAGAGGUAACGAUUAUCCUUAACAGUUUGUGGCAUCCUCAUAAUACCUACACUAACUAUGAUGCUAGAUAGGAUUAGGUUUUAACUCCGUGAGAAUGGAUAUUAUGCAUUAUUUUUUGGUUUGCUGAUGGCUUUCUUAUCUUGGUAAGUACAGUGUUUUAAAAGAAAUCGUUGGUAUUUUAUGUUUUGUUGCUGUUUUUGUUGGAGUUUCGCGAGCUUAAAAUGUGUCCUUUCAACACGCCUGUGGUGCUGACCUUUACUGCUUUCUUCUUUAAUAACUUUUAUAGCAGUGAUAACAGUUGUGUCAUCUUAGCAUCGUUUGAUCAUAAAGUUCGUAGAAAACCUGUCUCACGGAGUUGAAAUCUCCACCUUUUGACUUCUAAGUUUUAUCCCUACAUAGUUCCACUUGCAAGACUUGAAGAAUUAUCUCUUGUGAAUGAUUGCGAAUGAAGCUUCAUAGCGUCCAUUUCGAUAAGAUUAUGAAUGUUUUCUAUCAGAGUAUAAGUAAGUUUAAAAAUUGUUUGUUUUCGCUCUUUUUGCAUUAUUAAAGGACAACAAGAGUGAUCAGCAAAAACGCUGGAAACAGAGCAAAAAGUGAAAUAUUAUAUUAAUUUGUUCUCUUAAUCACACCUGGAUUUGUCGGAAAAAAAAACCAGGAAGUGACAAAAGACUCUGAUUUCUAAAACUAGCGUUCUCUCCACGAGCUGAAUUCCAAGAGAAAAGAUGGGAUCCUCGGUAAAAGAAAAGAGACCAGGAGACAAUGUGCUGUUAAUUUUGUUUUUUAACUUCAGUCAAAGCUUCUGAAUGAAGUUCAAAUCUGUCAGGUUGUAUUCCAAAAUCAUUAGUUUUAUUUUCUGGGCAAAACAAUGCUUCUUGAACACAACCUGAGCGAUGUUUGUUCUGAGACUUGCUGAAGUGAGUCACACUCACUCUCACAAACACUUGUUAGACGCAACAGAACUCUCCAGUAAAGGAGAGUACAUUUCUUUAUUCUUCCCCAGCGGCAGGUGAGAAUGUCAGUGUUUGAAGUUUUAUAUCUUGAACAUUAAGCAAAAUUAUUAUAUUUUGGGAAUUAUUAUUUUAAAAUGAACUUAAUCCGAUCAUUAAAAAUAUUGCACUCGUACUGUUCUUUAAUGUUUAGGUAAUUUUCUUAUUUAUUGUCAGUUAUGCUGAAACGUUACUGCACUGAUCUGUUUGUUAUACAAAAGUUAUAAAUAGUUAGUAGGCAAUACAAAAUGCUUAAAUAACUCUAGUUUACUCUCUUUAUCUCUCAAAAAUGGCUUUUAAAAAAUCCUCCAUGAACAGAUUUUAGGUUUUCGUUGUAAAUUAUGUGAAUUAAUUUUGCUCAGGAUUGUUUUUAUUAUUCUUUGACUUGUUUACAUUUUCUUAAACGUAGGCCUGUUCAUGUUUGUUUCUCGUGUUCUUUUUUCAACAUUCAAAGUCAAAAAGGUUUAUCAACUUAAUUAGAUAAGACUUUUUUAUUUUCAUUUUAAAAGCUCAGUGUGCUCCAUUUAUAUGCAUAACAUUUACAUGUUAAUCUUCUUCCCUGUUUAAUUGUACUUGUUACGAUGCAUCGUUAGACUACUUCCAUUCUGCACAAUGUCCAGGUUUCCUUACAGUUCCACAAUAUUGUCAUCAGCUUUAGUUUUGUUUCCAUGGCGAGGGCUGGUGUGGAGGUGUUUGGAUGCUCGACAGGUAGAAUAGAAACUCGUGUUCUAAAUUUAUUAAGCACUGAAUUUCAUUGGAUAGAGAAAUAUUUCGUUUGUUGGUGAUGCACUGUUUUGUAAACUGUGUACCCAACACACGAUGAGACUUCUAAGAGGAGAGUAGUUACAGCUUCUACAUCGUCCCUCCACAGACCUCGUGACAUCAUGAAACUUGCCAAGACAUCUGAAUAUUAAAAGAAUAACAAAAGUUUCCAUCCCUGUUCGGUUGUUAUGGUCUCCCUUCUAUUUAUACUGAAGUGAUUACUGUGUUUCAUGUAAAUUCUUCCAUAAUUACAAAAUACAAAACACUAAUCACUACCUUACACUAGUUUCAUAAAAAAAACUUUCUACUUGACUUUAAUAAAUUAGUUUGCCACCAUCUAUAUCGUGUGUACCGUUCUAGUCAGACUUCGAUAUUUUUAAGGGAACUAAAUAUGAAAUGGUAAAACACUGACCAGGACAGUUACUCAGCGACAUCAAAUUGGUUCUUGUAAAUUACUGAACUGAAAAAUCCUGUGUCCUCUCAAAAAUUGAGGCCUGAAAAUUGUGGCACAACUACCGAAAAAACGGAAAUAAUGAGCGAUUUGUUUUGUUUUGUUUUGUUUUGUUUUGAUGCUUAAUGCUGUUGUUUUAAGAUUUGGCCUCAUUCGUGGUUUAUUGGAGCAUUUGCGAAAUUAAACAUGAAUACCAUUCUCCUGCUAACUGUAGUCCUUCAUCAUCUAAAUGGCUUGGUGCACUUGAGUUGAUUGUUUUGCAGAGCUGGGAAUCGUGUGUUUAAUGAGCUGCCUGUGUGAUGAGUGCAAUGUGAUACAAAAGUCAGUUCACCUACUGGUUAAUGUUCCAUAUUGCAACAGUCUUGAUAUACAUAAUGAACUGUAAUAAUGGUGUGGGUGGUAGGCAAGGUGCAAAUAAUUUGGUUUGAUUAUUCAGUGCAAUGGUCACAAUUAUCAAAAACUACACAAAAAAUAUAUCACCUUGUUUUAAAAGUGGAACAAUGUGUCACCAGAAUUUCAAAAUGAGACAGGAAGCAAUUAGAUGGGUAGGCAAAUAUCUGUUUGUGGCGAAAUAAAGUCCAUCCAUCAUCACCAGGAUCGGGAAAAUAUUUAAAAAUUGUCAAAGCCUUGUUUAGUAUCAACUAAAGAUAGUAAUCCUUCCAUUACAUAAGAAA